CCUCACUCCCCCUUUCUUUUAGCUCCCUAAUCAUAUCAUAUUCUACAUUAUAUAUAUCCAACACACACACACACACAUACAAAAGCAUCUUCAUUUUACAUGUGUAAACAGAUUGUCCCAAAAGAAUACAAUCACUCACACACACACAGAAAAAAAUUAUUCAAGAAAAGGGCAUGGGAAUGAAGAAAUGGAGGCAGCAAAUGUUGGUGGUGUUCGUGGUGUUAUUAUCAUCUCUGGUUUGUUCAUCAGUGAGAGGCAGUGUUUCAUAUGAUGGAAGAACUUUUGUGAUCAAUGGCAAGAGAAGGAUUCUCAUUUCUGGUUCCAUUCACUACCCAAGAAGCACCCCUGAGAUGUGGCCUGAUCUUAUACAAAAGGCUAAAGAUGGAGGAUUGGAUGUUAUACAGACUUACGUGUUUUGGAAUGGGCAUGAACCUUCUCCUGGGAAUUAUAAUUUUGAAGGGAGAUAUGAUUUGGUAAAGUUCAUAAAGGUGGUGCAUGAAGCAGGGCUUUUUGUUCAUCUACGCAUUGGGCCCUACAUUUGUGCAGAAUGGAAUUUUGGAGGAAUUCCUGUUUGGCUAAAAUAUGUGCCUGGCAUGGAAUUUAGAACUAACAAUCAGCCUUUCAAGGUUGCUAUGGAAGGAUUUGUUAGGAAAAUUGUGGGCAUGAUGAAAUCAGAAAAUAUGUUUGAAUCACAGGGUGGACCAAUAAUCAUGAGUCAGAUCGAAAACGAGUACGGGCCAGUGGAGUGGGAAACGGGCGGUCCGGGCAAGUCGUAUGCGAAAUGGGCAGCCCAGAUGGCUGUCGGGCUCGGGACCGGAGUUCCGUGGGUCAUGUGCAAGCAAGAGGAUGCUCCAGACCCUAUAAUUGACACGUGCAAUGGAUUCUACUGUGAAGGCUUUCAUCCCAACAAACCAUACAAACCCAAAGUGUUUACGGAACUGUGGACUGGAUGGAAAGUCUAGAGAAUGAAUUCUCACCUCCUUUCUCUCCUUCUUUUGACCGACUUUCUUAUGGUUGGAUUCUGCUGCUGCAGGUAUACAAAGUUUGGAGGUCCAGUACACCGCAGACCUGUAGAAGAUAUAGCAUUUUCAGUAGCAAGGUUCAUCCAGAAUAAUGGAUCCUUUGUUAAUUAUUACAUGUACCACGGAGGAACCAAUUUUGGACGUGAAGCGGCUGGUCUAUUCAUCACUACUAGCUAUGAUUAUGAUGCCCCUCUAGAUGAAUAUGGCCUUCCUAAUGAACCAAAAUACGGACACCUAAGGGAUUUGCAUAAAAUAAUAAAGCUUGUGGAACCAGCUUUAGUUUCAUCAUAUCCCACGGUUACCCGGCUUGGCAAAAAUCAAGAGGCUUACGUCUUUCGCUCAAAAUCUGGGUUGUGUGCUUCAUUUCUUUCCAACUAUGACCCCAAAAAUUCAGUAAAAGUUGCAUUUCAAAAUCAUCAAUAUGACCUGCUUCCUUGGUCAAUUAGUAUUCUACCUGACUGCAAGAAUGUUGCUUACAACACCGCAAAGGUUAUCUCCAAAGGCCCACAGAUCAAGAUGACUCCGGUUGUGGGUGGAUUCUCAUGGCAAUCCUACAUUGAAGAAACUCCAACUUCAAGUGAGAGUGAAAUGACAACAGCUAAGCACUUAUGGGAGCAACUCAAUGUAACCAGAGACUCCUCAGACUAUUUGUGGUACAUGACCGAAGUGAAGAUUGCUUCAAAUGAGGGAUUUCUAAAGAAUGGAAAGUACCCUACCUUAACCGUUUGUUCUGCUGGUCAUGUGUUGCAUGUUUUUGUUAAUGGUCAAUUUUCAGGAACUGUAUAUGGAGAACUGAGUAAUCCAAACGUAACAUACACAGGCAAUGUAAAAUUGGCAGCCGGUAUUAACAAGAUUUCCCUACUUAGUGUUGCUGUUGGUCUCCCGAAUGUUGGCACACAUUAUGAGCGGUGGAAUGCUGGAGUUCUUGGUCCAGUUACAUUGAGUGGUCUUAAUAAGGGAACAAGAGACCUGACAAAGCAUAAGUGGUCUUAUAAGGUUGGUCUUAAAGGAGAAUUAGUAAGUCUUAAUACAAUAAUGGGGAGCUCUUCUGUUGACUGGGAUGCUUCAUCUCUGGCUAUAAAAAAGCCAGUAACCUGGUACAAGGCCAAGUUUAACGAGCCAAAAGGAAAUGAUCCGCUAGCUCUUGACAUGAGCAAUAUGGGGAAAGGUCAAAUAUGGAUAAAUGGAAAAGGCUUAGGACGUCAUUGGCCUGCAUAUACUGCACGUGGCAGUUGUGGUGGGUGUAGCUAUGCCGGAACUUACAGUGAGACAAAAUGCCAGACUAACUGUGGACAACCAUCUCAAAGAUGGUAUCAUAUACCACGAUCAUGGCUGAGACCAACUGGAAAUCUUGUGGUUGUGUUUGAAGAAUGGGGUGGUGACCCCACCAAAAUCUCCUUAUUAAGAAGAACAUACUGAUUGAGCAGAUGCUGUUUCAUCCUUGUAGUCUCGUACAUAAAUGUGUAGGUCACAGGUGAAGAAGACAUUUGAAGAAACAUUGUCCUUGCUUCUUGGCCGUCUUUGAUUUUAGGAGAGGCCGCUGAUUCCAUUUGCAUAAGCAAUUUGAUCAGUUGUACAGCAACUAUGCAUUCCAAAGGCAUACACACACACACGGUGCCUAAGUGUUAGUGGGACAGCGAAAUUUGUUUGAUUGCAAUAAACAUGUAUUUUUCUAUAUGUAUCUUCUCCAAAUAAACACUAUUCCAAGAGAGCGGUAUUCAUU